UCACCGAGGAGCCACGGUUGGAGCUGGCGCAACGUGACGGGCGGGGCGUGGAAGUUUGUUCCCGAGUUCGGAGCCCAGGAGUCCCCGCGGCCGUCGUUCAGGUGCCCUCCGCCAGGGUCGGGAUGGAGCUGCCCGCCGUGAACUUGAAGGUUAUUCUCCUGGUUCACUGGCUGCUGACAACCUGGGGCUGCAUAGUGUUCUCAGGCUCCUAUGCCUGGAGCAACUUCACUGUCCUGGCCCUGGGCGUGUGGGCUGUGGCCCAGCCAGACUCCAUUGAUGCCAUAGGCAUGUUUCUUGGUGGCUUGGUGGCCACCAUCUUCCUGGACAUUAUCUACAUCAGCAUCUUCUACUCAAGUCUUGCCACUGUGGACACUGGCCGCUUCAGUGCCGGCAUGGCUAUCUUCAGCCUGCUGCUCAAGCCCUUCUCCUGCUGCUUCAUUUACCACAUGCACCGUGAGCGAGGGGGUGAACUCCCACUCCGUCCCGAUUUCUUUGGACCGUCUCAUGAACAUAGUGCCUACCAGACAAUUGACACACCAGACUCACCUGCAACCCCCUUUGCAAGCCCAGAGGACAAGGACCAAGCUGCCCCCCGGGGGUACUGAAGCUGCCUCUGAGUCUUCCCGGUGCCCAGCAGGAUGCCUGUUACCUCCUUUCUGGACCUACAGUGGAGUGUCCUCCAUUCCCUACCAUAGAGGUAGCCUGAGUCAAGUGCCUUGGGGGUCAAGAUCCUCUGGCUUCCCAGCUGAGAAGAGCCACGUCCUAACUCUCCAGGGAGCAGCUCCCUUCAAGGCACCUGCUAACCCCUGGCUAGAACUGUGAUUGCUUUCGUUAUGUCCUACUUUGUAACUAUGCCAUGCCCCUGCUGAGCAGUGCAGAGUGCUGGGGGGCCAGGCCUUACGGGGGGCCAGUGACGGUGGCCUCUCGGGCCCUAAGAUGGUCCAGCCCUUCCUAGAAGCUCUGGGAGCUUCUGGUCCUGCUCAGCCUGUCCUGCAUAGGAGUAAA